GGGAGCUCAGCCAGUUGCAGAGGGCACCAGCGGCUGCAGGACUUCAAGAGGGACCCCGAGGCUCCUGAGCAGGGACCCGAGGUACGGGUUAUGCUGGGGGCUCAGAUCGCCGUGGACAACUGGACACUGAGGAUAGCACCAUGGGGGACAUGCAGGACCACAAGGAAGUGCUGGAGAUCCCAGAUCAGGACAGCGAAGAAGGGUUAGGGGAUAUUCUAGAACAGGAAGAGUAUGAAGACCCAGGUAUCCCUGUGGUCCAGCUACAGGAGCUGGAAGCUUUUCCCACAGAGCAAACAGCCACAGACUACACUUCCACCAGUGCCCCCACAUCGCACCCAAGUUCCCGCCAGGCCUAUGUGGAGCUGCAGGAGUUGAUGAUGGACCAGAGGAACCAGGAGCUCCAAUGGGUGGAAGCAGCGCACUGGGUGGGGCUGGAGGAGAACCUGCGGCCGGACGGUGUGUGGGGCUGCCCACAUCUGUCUUACCUCACCUUCUGGAGCCUUCUGGAGCUGCAAAGAGUCUUUGCAAAAGGCACUGUGCUGUUGAACCUGUCAGAGACCUCCCUGGCUGGGGUGGCCAAUCAGCUACUGGACAGCUUCAUCUAUGACGAGCAGAUCCGGCCGCAGGACCGGGAGCAACUGCUUCGGGCUCUGCUGCUCAAACGCAGCCAUGCUGAAGACCUAAAGACCCUGGGGGGUGUGAAGCCCACUGUUCUGACCCACUCUGGGGACCCUUCUGAGCCUCUGCUUCCCCAACAACCCUCGGUAGAGACAAAGCUCUACUGUGAGGAGGGAGAGGGGGGUCCAGAAGGCCACUCACCAUCUGGAAUUCUGGAAAAGAUCCCCCCAAAUUCAGAAACCACGCUGGUUCUAGUGGGCCGGGCUGCCUUUCUGCAGCAGCCAGUGCUGGGCUUCGUAAGACUGAGUGAGGCAGUGAAGCUGGAAGACCUGGAGCUCCCAGAGCCUGUGCGCUUUCUCUUUGUGCUGCUGGGACCGGAGGCUCCCCAUGUUGACUACACUCAGCUGGGCCGGGCAGCAGCUACCCUUAUGACAGAAAGAGUAUUCCGCACAACUGCCUACCUGGCACAGAACCAAGGGGAGCUACUGAAUUCCCUAGAGAGCUUUCUGGACUGCAGCCUGGUGCUGCCACCCACAGAUGCCCUCUCAGAACAGGCUCUGCUCAGUCUGGUACCCAUGCAGAAAGAGCUGCUUCGGAGGCGCUACCUGCCCAGCCCUACCAAGCCAGACCCCAGCUUCUACAAGAGCCUAGACUUGAAUGGGGGCCCAGGGGUCCCUGGUGGCCCAGAUGACCCUCUACGACGGACAGGCCGGAUCUUUGGAGGCCUGAUACGUGACAUCCGGCGCCGCUAUCCCUACUACCUGAGUGACAUCACAGAUGCGCUCAGCCCCCAGGUCCUGGCUGCUGUCAUCUUCAUCUACUUUGCUGCCCUGUCACCUGCUGUCACCUUCGGUGGCCUCCUGGGAGAAAAGACCCGGAAUCUGAUGGGGGUGUCAGAGCUGCUCAUCUCCACUGCAGCGCAGGGCAUUCUCUUCGCUCUCUUGAGUGCACAGCCCCUGCUUGUACUUGGCUUCUCAGGACCCCUGCUGGUGUUUGAAGAAGCCUUCUUUUCGUUCUGUGAGAGCAAUAACCUGGAGUAUAUCGUGGGCCGUGCGUGGAUCGGCUUCUGGCUCAUUCUACUGGUGGUGCUGGUGGUAGCCUUCGAGGGCAGCUUCCUGGUCCGCUUCAUCUCCCGCUACACCCAAGAGAUCUUCUCCUUCCUCAUCUCCCUCAUCUUCAUCUAUGAGACUUUCUCCAAGUUGAUCAAGAUUUUCCAGGACUACCCACUACAGCAGAGUUAUGUCCCUGUUGUGAUGAAGCCCAAACCUCAGGGCCCGGUGCCCAACACAGCCCUCUUAUCCCUUGUGCUUAUGGCUGGCACCUUCUUACUUGCUAUGAUGCUGCGAAAGUUCAAGAACAGCACCUAUUUCCCUGGCAAGCUGCGUAGAGUCAUUGGGGACUUUGGGGUCCCCAUCUCCAUCCUGAUCAUGGUCCUUGUGGAUUCCUUCAUCCAAGACACCUACACCCAGAAACUCUCGGUGCCUGAUGGCCUCAAAGUGUCCAACUCCUCAGCCAGGGGCUGGGUCAUCCACCCCCUGGGUUUGUACACCCGUUUUCCCAUGUGGAUGAUGUUUGCUUCAGCCCUGCCUGCCCUGCUGGUCUUCAUUCUCAUAUUCCUCGAGUCUCAGAUCACCACGCUGAUUGUCAGUAAACCAGAGCGCAAGAUGAUCAAAGGCUCCGGCUUUCACUUGGACCUGCUACUGGUCGUUGGCAUGGGUGGGGUGGCCGCCCUCUUUGGAAUGCCUUGGCUCAGUGCCACCACCGUGCGUUCUGUCACCCAUGCCAAUGCCCUUACUGUGAUGGGCAAGGCCAGCAGCCCGGGAGCUGCAGCUCAGAUCCAAGAAGUCAAGGAGCAGCGGAUCAGUGGGCUUCUGGUCUCUGUGCUUGUAGGUCUGUCCAUCCUCAUGGAGCCAAUCCUGUCCCGCAUCCCCCUGUCAGUACUGUUUGGCAUCUUCCUAUACAUGGGAGUCACAUCCCUCAGUGGCAUCCAGCUCUUUGAUCGCAUCCUGCUCCUUUUCAAACCAUCCAAGUACCACCCGGAUGUGCCCUUCGUGAAAAGGGUGAGGACGUGGCGCAUGCACCUGUUCACCAGCAUCCAGAUCACCUGUCUAGCAUUGCUGUGGGUGGUGAAGUCCACUCCUGCCUCACUGGCCCUGCCCUUUGUCCUGAUCCUCACUGUGCCUCUGCGGCGCCUCCUGCUGCCAGUCAUCUUCAGCAAGCUGGAGCUACAAUGUCUGGACGGUGAUGAUGCCAAGGUGACUUUUGAUGAUGAGGAAGGUCGAGAUGAAUACGACGAAGUGCCCAUGCCUGUGUGAGGGGCUGGCCCAGGCCCCCAACCAUCCCACUUCACCACCUUCCCAGGAAGAGUGGAGGUUCACAGGCAUCUCAUGGACUCCUAGGCCUCAAGGCUGUGGGUAGGGAGGGAAGUCAUGUCUAGGAAAUCUUGUACCCAAGGCACGCUGGCUUUUCUGGCUGGAAAUGACCAGGAGCCAUAUCAGGGAUUUGGGCCACAGUGUCUUGGGGGACACAUUGCCAUGUAUCUCAUGCUGGAAGUGUUAGCUCUGAGCCCCCUCCUUCAUGGCAAAGGUGAGACAUGGAGGACAAUUUUCAAGUUCCUGCUUGCUGUGUGACCUUUGGCAAGUCCCUUGGCCUCUCUGGUCUCUGUUUCCUCUUCUGUAAAAUGAGUACAUUGAUAUUACCCAUGUUACAGCAUGGUCAUUGAGGACAAUGUGAAUGUGAAAAAGUGCAUUGUAAUUUCUGGAAGACCAUUUUCCAUCAGUCAACAUUCUCCUCAGAGCCUGCUUGAGGGCACACAGUUUCUGGGCCACACAGCCGGAACUUGAACCUGGCCUUCUGACUUAGAGGGCACAGCUCUGUCCUCCACCCUCCACUCAUCUACCUUCCUUGCUCAGAAACACCCCUGACUCCUCUUUUCCCUUCUCAGUCCCAGCCCCACCCCAAGACCCUCCUCUUUACAUCCAAGAAGCUUUGUGGUGAGGGCAAGAGACAGACGAGUGACUGGGACUCAGACCUAAGUGCUUGCUCCCUUCCACCCAGCACUCACUCACUCACUCAUUCAUUCAUUCAUUCACCCCCACACCCACCUAAUGAGUGAGGGCCCUAGACACAGAGGGAACUGAGACAAGCCCCUACCCCAUGGUGGGCUGGGGGUGGAAGUGAUACAGUCUGCUCUGGGCUUAGAUGGGGAUGGAGGGAGGAUGGGAAGGCAUUCCAGACAGGGAGACCGGGAGGGUUGUAAUUUAUUAGCUGGCUUCAUCCACACACCCAGCCCCGCAGAGAGAGACCUGCUGUGUCCAACCCCAUCCAAACUGAAUCUUGGGAGAAACCCAGGUUUGACCCAUUGGACUAGGAGACAGUGAUCUCCCUAAAACAUGGACAAAAUAUAUUUUUUUACAAAACAAAAAUAUUUUUAAAAAAAGAGUUGAUAGAACUGGAAGUGGUGAGAAGUGAGAGAAACAGAAACUGAGUGAUGGAAAGGAGGUGACAGGAAGCCCCCAAUGGAACACUCUGGGGGGGUCUCUGAAAUCCCACAUCUACCUCCCACCACACCCUAUGCCUCACUUUCCUCAUCUGUAAAAUGGGGAUAAUAAUGGUACCUACUUUGUAGGGGAAUUAUAAGGGAUUGCUUGAAGCGGUGUAAGGAAUGCACUUGCUGAGCACAGAGCCUGCCUUGUGGGGAGCUUCUGGUGAGGCUGCUCCAAUGGGUAUGCCCUUGCCCCCCUCCUGCCUUGCCCUGCUCCUUGUACAUUGCCAAGGAGAGUGGAGAUCAUACCUCCCACUCUGCCAGUGCCCU